GCAUGCCAGCUAUUUCAGAAUUAAAAAAUAGUAAAUUGGAUUCUCCAAUAGAAAAGAAAAAUUCUAAUUUACGGAAAUUAUUAUUAGAGGAUACUCUUGAUGUUGCUCCUGUUGGUCUAACAUUCUGUUUUGAUCGUGAAUCAUUUCUGAAUAAUGAUUUCAAUUCGGAUGAUUUUAUUUUGGAGCAACAUCGUCGUGGAACAUCAUUAGAAAAACUUCGUGAUGAUCUACUUCAAUAUUCAAAUAUCCUUAAAUCUAGUUUAAUUGAAUUGAUCAAUCAAGAUUAUGCUGAUUUUGUAAGUCUAUCAACAAAUCUUGUCGGUUUGGAUAAAUCAAUCGAUACAAUUGUCACACCAUUGAAACAACUACAAUCUUACAUAUCGUCAGUACUUGCUGAACUCGAAUCUACCGAUCAAGAAUUAUCAGCUAAGUUGAAAUCGCUUCAGCAUAUAAAAAAUGAAAAGGAUUAUGCAAAUAGUUUGUUCACACUGGAUUCAUGUGUAUCACGUUUAGAACGUUGGUUAACACAAUCAAAUGACCGGUUAGUGAAUAAAGAACAAAUUAAUGAUCAAUUAGAUCAUAAAUAUAACAAUAAUAAUAAUGAAGAGUCAAAGGACAUCAAUAACGAUGGUGAUGAUAAUGACUUAGAUAUAUGGCCACUGGAGUUCUAUGCUGAUUGUUCUCUUCAUGAAGAUAUUGGACAACGUAUGGAUCGAAUUGCCAAUGAAUAUAUUAAACUUCAAUUUUUCAGUAAAAAAUGUCAUGAUCAUCCAAUUUUAAAUUCAUUAAAACCACGUAUUCAUUGGAUUACAAUAAAUCUACAAGAACAAUUAGAGACACGUUUAAAAGAGAGUUUUGCAGUUUGUCAUUUAACAAGCAUUGAUACAAAUGUCGAUUGUACAAUAUCGAAACAUUCCAUUGAACAAUUAAGACAAAUUAUUUCAAUAUAUUUAUCUAUUGAUAAAUUAUCUGAUUUAAUGAUGUUAUAUCGUAAAUUUGUACUACAUGAUCAACUUAGUCAGUCAUUAUUGUUUUUUGUUUAA